AUGCCAAUUGCAUCUUCUCUUACCAUAACACCCACUGUCCCAAGAAUCGCCGCAACAACCCACACUUCCCAUCAUUGUCACCCCACUCCUCUUAGAUUUAGCCCCAAUUUCAAAUCCACUCCUCUACGCGCCUACCUCCCCCUCACUUCACGCGCCCCCACGCGCCCCCGCAGCGCAGCCGGCCCCGUCUGCCUCUUCACCGGCAUCGUCGAGGAAAUGGGCACCGUCAAGCAGCUUGGCACGGCCUCGCACGGCGGCUUUGACCUCAAAAUCGCGGCUUCCACGGUCCUCGACGGCGUCAACCUCGGUGACAGCAUCGCUGUGAAUGGCACGUGCCUCACGGUCACGGAAUUCGACGCCAAAGUCUCGGACUUUAUAGUGGGGCUGUCGCCGGAGACGCUGCGCAAGACCUCGCUGUCGGAGCUGGAGCCCGGGUCGCCGGUGAACCUGGAGCGCGCGGUGACGCCGACGAGCCGCAUGGGCGGGCACUUCGUGCAGGGUCACGUGGACAACACGGGGGUGAUCGUGUCAAAGGUUCCGGAAGGAGAUUCCCUUUGGGUGAAGGUUAGGACUGAAAAAUCGUUGCUUAAAUACAUUGUACCUAAGGGGUUUAUUGCUGUGGAUGGGACUAGUUUGACUGUGGUGGAUGUGUUCGACGAUGAAGGGUGUUUCAAUUUCAUGUUGGUGGCUUAUACUCAGCAGAAGGUGGUGAUUCCUCUGAAGAACGUUGGGGACAAGGUGAAUCUUGAGGUGGAUAUUCUUGGCAAAUAUGUGGAGAGGCUUCUCGGUAGUGGUUUUGUUUCAUCCUAUGCUAAAAGUUCUUGA